UCAGCCUCUACAGAUGUGUUUUUCAUCGGGUCUUACGUGUUAUGAAAAAAUUGUUGAUCAUAGUAACCUUAAGUCAAACUGCCUAUGUUUCAAUCUCAUUGCUACCAAUUAGUAACUGUGACCCCCGGUACCUUACUUAACUUAUAAUAGUACCCUCUUGCUAUUAGCAAACAAUCAGUAGCCUAUGAGGUGGGCACCCUCAUAGUUGAGAACCUCCAGGGUACUCCGGAGCUAGCAGCUCAGUGGGAUUUGAGACCAGGCAGUCUGACACCAGGGUUUAGCUUUAAGCUGCUGGUCUAAAGGUGGACAUCGAAAAGGGCAGUUGUCAGGAUUACACGAUAGAACUCUUAUAAAGCGCUUAGCAAAAGCCUGACACUUAAUAAGUGCUCAAUAGUCACAGUAGUAUCUGGUGGGUUUUGUCUGUUAUAAAAUAAACAUUCAUACGGUGCGAUUUAAUUAAGUAAAUAAUGAGAAAGAGUGCUGAAGCGGGCGGGAUGGGUGCCAGGGCCAGGAGCGGGUGCCGGGCUGGUGGGGGGGAAGCGCCGGCGGGGCGCGCGGGUGUACCGGGCGGGCCCCGGGGCGGGGUCAGGAAGGCCCCGCCCAGCAGCCACCUGCGACAGGUGGAGCGCGCGACACCGGGCACUCGGCCAUGUCCGCGGAGGGCGCGGGACCCGCACCGGGGCCCGAGCCGGGGUCCGAGCCGGGGCCGCUGUGCCCGGAGCACGGCCAGGCGCUGAGCUGGUUCUGCGGCUCCGAGCGACGGCCCGUGUGCGCCGCCUGCGCGGGGCUGGGCGGCCGCUGCCAGGGGCACCGCAUCCGCCGGGCGGAGGAGCACGCGGAGGAGCUGCGGAACAAGAUUGUGGACCAGUGUGAGAAGCUACAGUUACAGAGUGCUGGCAUCACCAAAUAUGCAGCUGAAGUUCUGCCAGGGAAGAACCAGAGAGCAGUGACCAUGGCCAGUGCAGCGAGGGAACUGGUUAUCCAGCGGUUGAGUCUGGUGAGGAGUCUGUGUGAGAGUGAGGAGCAGCGCUUACUGGAGCAGGUGCAUGGUGAAGAGGAGCGGGCCCACCAGAGUAUCCUGACACAGCGUGCGCACUGGGCCGAGGCCCUGCAGAAGCUUGACACCAUCCGCACCAGCCUGGUGGGCAUGCUCACCCAUCUGGAUGACCUCCAGCUAAUUGAGAAGGAGCAGGAGAUUUUUGAGAGGACUGAAGAAGCAGAGGGCAUUUUGGAUCCCCAGGAGUCGGAAAAGUUAAACUUUAACGAGAAGUGUACUCGGAGUCCGCUACUGACUCAACUCUGGGCAACAGCAGUUCUUGGGUCUCUCUCAGGCACAGAGGACAUACGUAUCGAUGAGAGGACCGUCAGCCCCUUCCUGCAAUUGUCGGAUGAUCGACGAACCCUGACCUUCAGUGCCAAGAAGUCCAAGGCCUGUGUAGAUGGCCCAGAGCGCUUUGAUCACUGGCCCAAUGCCCUGGCUGCCACCUCCUUCCAGGCGGGGCUCCAUGCCUGGAUGGUGAAUGUUCAGAACAGUGGUGCCUAUAAGGUGGGCGUGGCCUCAGGCCAGCUGCCCCGCAAGGGUUCUGGCAGUGACUGCCGUCUAGGCCAUAAUGCCUUCUCCUGGGUCUUCUCUCGCUAUGAUCAAGAGUUCCGUUUCUUGCACAAUGGGCAGCAGGAGCCCCUGGGGCUGCUGCGGUGCCCAUCUCAGCUGGGUGUGUUGCUGGACUUGCAGGCUCAGGAGCUGCUCUUCUAUGAUCCAGCCUCGGGCACAGUGCUGUACAUCCACCACGCAUCCUUCCCUGGGCCCCUCUUCCCUGUCUUUGCUGUGGCUGACCAGACCAUUUCUAUCAUUCACUGACCUCUGGCUGCAGAGAGGCCAGGUCCACCUUCUAUCCCCCCUUUAGGCCGAAUUUCUAUCCACUAUUCUUUUCCCAAAUGAUGUGAAUGAUGUUUCUAAGGCAAACAGGACACACACCCAAUGGUCAGCUUUUGGAAGGGUGGGAUCUGUUUCGGAUCUGGGCCCAAACUUUAAAACUUGGGUAUCUGUGGGGAGUCUGCUAUUGCCAAAUCCACCAUGCAUCUGUCCCUCCAGGGUGUCUUGUUCACCACUUUGUCUCUGGCAUGGCGCUGGUGCAUAGUGAGUGUGUAAUAAAUAUUUGGCAAGUGGAUGAAAGGAUGUGGGGGUGGCUGGAUAGACAUGGUAGUCUUUGGAAAGGCUCUGCCCCACUUUGGGCAAGUGGAAGUGAUUCUCUGGCAGAGAAGCCUGGGCUGAAGCUUCUUCAUCCCCUAAACUCAGUGCUUCUCUUUUUCAUGACAUGGCACAUACAGAAAAUGUUUUUUCUAGUACACAAGGACAACUUGAAAGGCUGCUCCUGGUCGGAGGACUCUGGCCUGAGGGGCUAUGUCCUUUACCCAGGUCCUCCUAGGACCUCAGAAGACCAAAGAUGACAUCUCCAGGUGACCUCACUGUAACACUGCUGUUGGCAUCUGUCUCAAACCUGGCACUAAGCUCCAGCCUAUGCCCACUGGUGGCAGCAGGGAUGAACGUUGUCAUCCUCAUGCAGCUUGAGUUCUCCCACCUGACAGCCCCCUCUGCCCUUAAGUGGAGACCUGAGGUGAGGGCUUCCAGCAGAAAGAGCUGAGGGGUAAGAGGCCAGUCUUGGGGCACAUGAUUAAAGGUCAUAAAAGCUUUAAAGAUGUCUUCCAUGCUCUUUGUUGGCAACUGGGUGUAUUCUGUAUAUCUGCCAGUCUUCCUUACCCUCACCUGCAUUCUCAGAAAUAAGAGGCAGCUUAGCAUAACAAAGAGCCUGGAGACAUUACUGGGACCAAAGGCAAGUCCCUUCAUGUUUCCCUCUGUGAAUAGAAGUAUCCCAACUUUUACCCAGGAGCAUUCUUCUAAAGCAAUCUUACCUACAACUCCAGGCUCCUGGGGCUGAAGAGGAUGAGAGCCCCAGCUCAGUUUGAAAAUCACUGUUUAAUCAGCAGAGGUCACAGGUAAGACUGGUCGGGAUCAGUGGGUAAUGAGUGAAAUAGCCCAAGACUCAGGAACAGCAACUGCUUGGCCCUACCCUUAGCGGCCAUGCAGGAAUGUGGACACAGAAUGGCCAGGAGUAGAGCUGUCUAGACGAACAUUGAAAAAUCCUGAUUUUUAUGUGAAAUGUCUUAGUUUUACUUUUGCUUGAUAGUUCACUUAAAGCACUGGGCAGGUCAAAUCCAGUUCACAGAUCUAUUGGCAGUAUUUUUGGUUGAGAUGAUCUCUGAGGCCCUUGUAACUGUGAAGAUCACAACUCGUGUCCUGUGUCCUCAUCACCUGACAUUUGGGAAUUACUGCCAAGUCACCUAGCCUUGGUGCCAGUUCCGUAACAGAUCCAGAUGGGACCUUCUAUGAGAUCCUAUGCCAUGAUCCUCCCAAACCAUUAACCCAACUCCCUACAGCAACCUUCGGUCCCCAGCUAAUGGGCCUGCUGCAGGAAUGCCUCCCAUCCCUCCACCCACCUAAAUGCCACCCCUGCUACCAACCUUCAACUUGGGGUCCACUCCACAGCCCCUCUUCCUGUGGGCACCAGAACACACACUGGGUGUAUGCCUAUGUUAACCUGUAGUAUACCCUGUACCUGGCACUGGGCAAGGCAGAGAUAAUCCAAUAAAUGCACAGUAGAAGAGUGUGGGAAGAUAGGAUAGGCAACAAAAGAAACAGAACUUCAAAAAACCCAACCCACUUGUUCAACCUCCCAUUGCCCCCCACCCAUUCCCUUUAUUACCGCUACCCUGAGCUGUAGGUUCUUGUUCCCUGUGCUUUCCUCCUCCCAUGGGGAUAUCCUUCAAGACUUGACACCCUUCAGAACAUAAUUUCCCUGUUAGUUCAGGCAAUCCACUCGCCUCUGCCUCCCAGAGUGCUAGGAUUUCAGGCAUGAGCCACCCUGCCUGGCCUGAGUGUGAUACUUCUUGCAGCAAUCUCCAGUUUGAAGUCAAGGCUUCCGCUUGUGUCUCUCAGUAGAAAAUAGCUUCUUUCCUUCUCCCUUUCUUCGACUGCAAACCAUUAGAGCCUUUGUUGAUUUUUUUUCAUUUUGCAUUAUAAAAUGCAUCUUCCCAGUUAGCCUUCCCUUAGCGUCAGAAGAUGGUCUUCCCCUUUCUUGAAUUCUGUUCCUCACAUUGCUUACAAGCUAAGUGAUGGGAUUUCUCUUUCUCCUGUAAAAAGGGUAUAUCUGCAGUUUUUCUCCACUCUCUUAGUUAAUGAGUAAAGGAUGUAACUGUUCAUAACUGCAGCUUCCAUUGGCCAAAGAAAUAAUUUUUCCACCAUUUGUAGGACCUCCUUAUAAAUCUGUAACAUCCACAACACUGAUUAGCUGUCACUCUUCCCAUAAACUGUGUAUUCUAAAAUAACUUGCCAGCUGGGCGUGGUGGCUCAUGCCUAUAAUCCUAGCACUUGGGAGGCUGAGAUGGGUGGAUUGCCUGAGCUCAGAUUCGAGACCAGCCUGAGCUAGUGCAAGACUUUGUCUCUAAAAAUAGCCGGGCGUUGUGGCUGGUGCCUAUAGUGCCAGCUACUUGGGAGGCUGAGGCAAGAGAAUCACUUGAGCCCAGGAGUUUGAGGUAACUUGUCAGUUUUUCAAAUUGAACAGGCUGUUUCUUCCUAUAACCAGUGAUCAGCUGUGUUUGAGGGCCAAAGAAUGUACCGAGCAUCAUCACUAACCUCUUGUCAUGGAAUGAGAGACAUGUCAUUUUCAUUUCACAUUGAUAGGCACAUAAUUCACAUUCUUGAAGUUUCUUCUUUUUCACAUCACUUGGAAAAUCCUUCACAGAAGUCGUAACUGUUCCUGUUACAUAUAUUUUCAUUUUAUACAAUCCUUUUAUUUACUUGUUUUUAGACAGAUUCUCACUCAGUUGUCCUGGGCUUGAGUACAAUGGCAUUAUAGCUCACAGCAACUUCAAACUCUUGGGUCAAGCCGUUCUCUUGUCUCAGCUUCCCAACUAGCUUGGACUAUAAGCAAUCUACCUGCCUCACCCUCCCAGAGUGCUAGAAUUAGAUGUGAGCCACUGCACCUAGUCCAGAGUAGAGGAACUUUAUAAGAUCACCAUUGCCAUCAACCUAGCUACUUGUUACAGGCAUUCUAUUAUUUGUUAUCUCUACAAAUAAUAGAAAAAAUUAGCCAGGCCUUGUGGUAACCACCUGUACUCCCCGCUACUUAGGAGGCUGAGACAAGAGGAUCACUUGAACCCAAGAGUUUGAGGUUGCAGUAAGCUGUGACGAAACUACUAUACUUAGGCCAAGCAACAGAGCCAGACUAUCUCAAAGAAAAAAAAUUAGAAACGAACUUAGCAGGAAGUAGUUGAGUAUUUCUUCUCAUAAUUCUAACUACAAUAUUCCUUGCCUAAACUCUCCUAUUAAGACUAUAUGAUAUUAAUGGACAGUGUCCCUACAGCACAACUUGGCACUGAUUUUUUUGUUGUUGUUGAGACGGAGUCUCACUUUGUCCCCCUUGGUAGAGUGCUAUGACAUAGCUCACAGCAACCUCAAACUCUUGGGCUCAAGCAAUUCUCUUGCCUUAGCCUCCUGAGCUGUGACUACAGGUGCCAGUGACAACACCCAGCUAUUUUUAGAAAUUAGGUCUCGCUCUGGCUCAGGCUGGUCUCAAACUCGUGAGCUCAGGCAAUCCACCCACCUCAGCCUCCCAGUGUUAGGAUUUACAGGCGUGAACCACCACACCCAGCCUCACUGGCACUGAUUUUCAAACUAAGCUCUGACCUUAAGCUUCCAUGGGAAGGCUAUCUCAGAGGCUGAAUGAGAGUUCAUAGGACCUCUGCUUUAACUCUAGCAGUUUCUUGGGGGUUUAUGUUUUU